AUGGCAUCAUCCAGUCAGGAACAGGAGCAAGAACAGGGAGAGGGACAGGGACAAAGACAAGACUCUGGGACAACGGACCUUAUCCCAUGGAAAUAUUGCAACGUAUACGCCAACAACCGCAGCCCCGAACGGCUCUUUGUCUUCCAGGGACACUCAAUAUUCAUUCACCAGCGUCUCGAUGAAAAAGUUACCAUUGACCAAAACACCGGCAACGUCGUUUGGGAUGGCGCAUACCUCAUGUCAAAAUACCUAGAGUCUCAUAUCAAAGAUCUGCAAGGAAAGACGUGCCUCGAGCUAGGGUCUGGAACAGGACUUGUUAGCAUCGUUGCAUGGUUGCUUGGUGCCGAAAAUGUACUGGCAACAGAUCUGGCAGGGCCCCAUACGGAGCAUGUGGCAAGAAAUACAUCCACAAACGCCUUAAGGAUCGCCCUUGAACGUCAACAGGCCAUUCAAGAAGAGGCUGGUGCAGCAGCCCCUGAAACACGGCAUGGGGCUUCGUUCCUGAGAAGACGGCGGGAUCGACUGAAAACAACAGAACUCAAGAGCGAAAACCUGCAGGUCGCGCCUCUUGACUGGGGUUCGCCUACGCUUCCGGAGAGUGUCACGUUCCAGGGUCCAUUCUCAUACAUUCUUUGCUCCGAAAUAUUGUACUUGCCACAGUUCCAUCGGGCACUCCUCAAGACGAUCACUCAGUUCUCGGAUGAACAAACGGUCGUUGUCUUGCUCUGGAAACAGCGUGGGCUAGGCGAGGAACGGUUCUUUGAGAUUGCAUCUCGGCCUUCAACAGGGUGGCAUGUUGAAUUCCUGGACAAGAGCGUACUUGAUGUCGAGUUCCAGGAACAGCCAUAUGGAGUAGCGCGAAUGACCAGGAGAACAACGGCGACGCCAGUUACUUCUGCAACACAGAAAUAA